AUGCCAAAAACUCAAUCGAUCCAAUUGCACAUAAACUAUCUUGCACGCCAAUACCCCGAAAACCUGCCUCUUGUGUCGACCGAGGACAGUCUCCCAAACAUCCUGCGCUUGAUUGGAGAAUAUGACGGCGUGCUUCAACGGCAUGAAAGCAUCGCCGGCAACCUCGGCGCAUGCCCUCUGGGGCCCAUUCUCAUGAAGCGGUUUGAGCGUUUGUUCGAGGGGCCACCGCGGGUGCUCAAAUCUAACGGCAAGGAAGGGACCAAUGUCACGUGGCUGGAUGUGGUUGAGUUCGCAAAGAACAAGCCGGAGCAAUUCAACCUGGAGAAGACUCGCAAUGGGGUUCGUGUGUGUCAGUUCUAUACGAAACAAUGCAGGGUGGAAAUAUCGGAGGAGGACUAUGUUCUGAUUGCUUCUGGGAUGCCCCAGAAGCUGAUUCCGCCUCAACCCAUCGACGAGGAUGAGGAGAAAGAGGUUGGGGCGUUGGAGAUUUUAGAGAAAAAUCUCCAACAAAUCACUGCCAUGGCAGACUCUGCCGCUGCGCGUGCAAGACAGUUGAGCUAUCGGUUGAAGAGCCGUCGCAAUGCCAUCAUCACUCGUCGCGAGAAUGAUCGAGCCAAAUACUCACAGAGCCCUCCGCUGCAUGAACAUGGCAAUAAUUCGGAUACUGUCGUCAAUGGGACUGGCAUCUCACAUACUCAAUCUCCGCCAGCAGGAUUUGUUGCCGUCAAUGCGGGCAAAGCGGCAGAGACUGUCGAUGAACAUCCCAGCCUCUCUUCGCAAUUCAUGCUUAAUCACCCAAACACGGAUAAGAUCACUAUCAUCAAUGGGACCAAUAUCAAGGGUGCAUCGCCAACGACUCGAGCAGAGUUGUUGAAGAAAUUCCUCACAACAGCAGAUCGCGCAGGUCGCAAUGCCCCUAUGGAGAGCGAAAGCUCAUCAUCUUCAAACAAUGAACAAUCUACACGGGCCCGGCCACGUGUGUCAGAUACAUCCGAGAUGCCUUCUGCUGUUGUCUACAACAACUCCACAGGCACCUUCUCGGGUACGGUAGCAAUCCCAAAUACUCCGCCGUCUCUACUUCCCCAGCCAAGAUCAGUCCACCACCAUGAACGGGAUGAUGGCGGACCCUUCAAGAUGGAAAUGGUCGCGCGCAUGGAAGAUCUUCGCAGAGGAGAACGAAUAUUUCCGCCAUGUGACCGUUGCCGGCGCUUGCAUAUGGAUUGCUUGAAAAACCUCACGGCAUGUAUGGGUUGUACCAAGAAACACGCCAAGUGCUCGUGGAAAGACGUCAAAGAAGAAGAACUGCGAGACCUCCAGUCUCGAAGCCAAGCCCGAACUGAGCAGCGGCCUGUCGAUAACAACACCCCCCAAGACGAGAACAACACAGAUCCAUCCCAUCCACCGCCGAACGCAAUAUACUCCCAUGACCACCACUCAGAGUUCAACUCCAAUUCUAAUAAUGUCUCAGCACAACCAGAACCGCCAUCUUCUCACUCUUAUCACCACCAUCACCACCAUCAUCAUCACCACCAAGCAUUACACGAGCAUACGACCACUCCCCGACGUACAAACAACGAAAUCCAGACCAUGCUAAAUCCCCAACAAGAACCUGAACACCACCACCACCACCACCCCCCUCAUCACGAGCCUGACCGCCGAGGUUCCUUCCUUCAUCGCAACGUACACCUUAACAACGUCAGCGUUGAUAAUGAUAAUAAUAGUAGUAAUAACCACCGUCAUCGCAACGAAGCCGAUAACGACCCGGACGCGAAUUCGCGACUCAUGCAAGCUAUCAAGGAUACAGUUGAUCACCAUACUACGAGAGUCCAGGCCAGAGAAGAAAGAUAA